GCAACGUUUCCCAUCCAAGAUUUUAGGUUUGGGAGCUUUCCGCGGAGUCUCUGCACUUGUUGCCGUCGAGAUUGGGAGCAAAUUGCUGGGAUGAUGCCAUGGUAGACUGCCCUUGGGAGGUUGAGCACAUUCAUUUUCGUCUUCGCAUUCCAAGUUGUUUCUGACGAAGGUUUUGCAGGAGUCGGUUGGCUCAACCACAUUGGCUUGCGUUCCUCGCCCCCAUGGUGUGUCAUUAGCCGAGUGUUGGCGUGCCAUCCCUGGAAGUUGCGAAUAGUUCUUCUUCGUUGUGUGUGGCGGUAGUGGGGGAGUGCUGUUGUUUGGAAUCAACCGUCGCCCUUCGCGCCUUGUACACAGAUCGAAUCAUAUUUUGUGUUGGGUGCGGUUGUUGGAGGCAUUGUGUGCGCGCUGUAAAGCCUUCUCCGGAGCGGCGCCAUUUUGCAUUCCUUGUGGAUGCCCUGCCGGCCUAAACCCCCCCUGUGCCGGUCAAUUUGGGGUGUCGGUUCUUUUUUGAAGUCUUCGAGCAGUUCGGUGUGCGGCGAUUGGAAUUAGUCGUGCUCUGUUAGCAUUGUGAGGUCGAGGUACGAUGUGUACGAUGUCUUGAGUGUUGGUGAGUGUUUCUCGUUUCAUGACAGCUGUAUUGUGAGGAGCCAUUGUGGUCGCGGUGGUGGUUCAUGGGGGUAAAAUUUUGUUUUCAAAUGAGGCUUUAAGAGCGGCGGGGUGCAUCGAGGAUAGACUUAAGGCCGGGGGAUUCUGCUUUCGUUGGGCGGCGGAAUUACUUUGACAAGUCGAUGAUAGUUCGAAAUUGUGCCUGACCGAGAGCCCUGAUUUUCUGGAGUGGUGGCCACGGUCUUGAAAGAGCAUAGGUAAUGAAGGAUGGAAUUCCAGGUAGAAGGCUUGUAGUUCAAGCUCUGCAAAUGUAGCGGAAGGGUUGGUCACGGGUCAUUCGCAGGGGCUCCGUGAGUGAUUUUGCGUAUUUGAAACUCGGGGGCUUCUGGCUUUACUAAUGCCCCAUUUCCAGGUGAAGAAGCAACAGGUGAUUUUGGAUCGAAGUUUGAUUGAGUGCAUUGCGGCGGCACCACCCUUUUCUUCAAGGGUCUUACCCUGUGUCUAGAAAUCAUCUGUAGCCCUGAUAGUUUUGAGGGAGAAGCACUCUUGAUAUGCUAGCCUUGCUAUGGGCCGGUAGUCGACUCUCGCCGCGACCGUUUUGGUCGUCACAAUCGAUUUCCUAAACAAGCUCUGGCGGCGCGGAUUUUUACGAAGUGUCAGUGAGUUUCGUUGUGAUGGUUAGGCGUGGUAAUCGAUGGCUAUAAUUUAGGCGCGCUAUAGAUCUACGAAGGAAAUACAAGCAAUUGCUCAUUCUGUGGCCUGGACGGCAAAUUGAAGCUCCGCAACUGGAUGAUAACGUAUCGCACGAAGCAAUUAGAACUUCCUUUACCAAGAAGAGAGAACGCAUCUGAGGAGAGGCAGUUUGGGCGCUGCGUCAGAUUCAGGUAUGCCUCCCAAUGCACCAGGCCCAGUGCAAGUUCGGAAACCUGUGGCAGUUGCGGAUACAGUUAAUGGCCACAGUGUGGGCAGAAAUGGUGUUCAUCCAAAUGCAUGCCGCCAAGUAGGAGGACGACGUAUUUUUGUACAAACUUAUGCAGGAAACGUACUUGGCAUUGAAUUGGACAGAGCUGACAAGGUCGAGUCUGUGAAGAAGAAAGUUCAGGCUGCAUUUAACAUCCCUACAGAGCAAAGCACGUUGGUUUUUGGCGAUCAUGUUCUUGAUAAGGAUUUAAGUGCGAUUAGCAGCGAUGCUCCUGUUUUACUCAGGAAAGGAAUUUAUCGGAGUUCUUCAACGCCGUGUUUGUCACCCAGUAGCAGGGACGUUCGUCAAAGUAGCGUGUUCGAGAUUGUGGGUGGCUUAAAACACUCCAAAAAAAUCCAGCGACUCGUACGAGAAGCAGCAAAAGGCAGCGAAGCUGGGGUGCAACCUGUUCUUGCUUCAGGGGGUCUGGGUGGAGCAUACUAUUUUCGAAACUGUUUUGGAGAAAAUGUUGCGAUUGUGAAACCCACUGAUGAGGAACCUUUCGCUCCUAACAAUCCGAAAGGGUUCACUGGCAGAGCAUUAGGGCAACCUGGUCUGAAACCUUCGAUUCGUGUGGGAGAGACUGGUUUGAGGGAGGUGGCAGCUUACCUCUUAGACCAUGAUAAUUUUGCCAAGGUGCCGGUGACAGCGCUGGUGAACGCAACACACUCUAUAUUUAAUGUGAAUGCAGAGUACGUAGGUGCGGGGCAUUCGCAACCAGGUAGUGCCAAAAUAGCUUCAUUUCAGCAGUUUGUGAGACACGACUUUGCCGCAGAUGAGUAUGGUACUUCCCGGUUUCCUGUCUCCUCUGUACACCGCAUAGGGAUACUUGAUGUUCGCUUGUUCAACACCGACCGUCAUGCAGGCAAUAUAUUGGUGAAGAAAACGAAUGUUGAGACUGAAAGUCUGUUUGGAGAGGAGAUGGAUCUUAUUCCUAUUGAUCAUGGUCUUUGCCUUCCCGAAACUCUAGACGAACCGUACUUCGAAUGGCUUCAUUGGCCUCAAGCUUCAAUUCCCUUCUCAGAAGAAGAACUGGAUUACAUUGAAAAAUUGGACCCUAUCAAAGAUUGCAAUUUACUCCGUAAAGAGCUUCCAACACUGCGGGAGGCUUGUUUGCGCAUGCUGGUGCUUUCGACGACAUUCCUGAAGUUGGCAGCAGAAGCAGGGUUGACUCUCUCGGAAAUCGGUGGUAUGAUGACCCGGGAGCUAUGUGGCGUCGACGAAGAAGCCAGUGAGCUUGAAAUUGUGUGCGUGCGAGCGAAAAUGGGGGUUUGUGAUGGAUCAUCAUCUAGUCCUGAUAGUGAUGGUUAUGAUGAAUUCAGUUUUGCAGAGGAUUGCUCAGAUGAUUUCCAGUUUGACAUGGACGUCCACGAUGAAGUUCCUGCGUUGAAGCUUCCUGAUAUGCAUGAACGUCCCAGUUCUUACUCACCUGCGAAUGGCUACAGAUCCAUGUCUCCAGUGCCAACCUCCCCUUCGUGGUCUCCAUAUUUUGGAGAGUCCAGUCCGCAAAUGGGGCUUUCAAGCUUUCGCACUCUGGAAAUUUCUCCCAUGCCACGUUCUCCUCUGGGGUUUCCACCGGACUACUCUCCAACUUCAUUAUCUAACGAAGACGAGUCUUAUUCUUUAUCUCGCAUGUCAAUGCCUUCGAGAUCUACCUCUCUGAAACUCGGAAAGUAUCGUUCUCAUACUCAGAUUGAAAAGCCACGUGCAAUGGGCCUUCGCGGGUACGCAGCCAUGAAAGUGGCACAAAAUGUGUAUGAUGCUGAAGAUUCGAAGGAUCUUAUGGGUGGGCCGCUUAGUCUGACAGACAUGGAUGAGAAGGCUUGGGCUCUCUUCUUGGAGCGCUUUCAGAGUCUCUUAUGUGAAGCCUUCGCCGCUGUCAAGCUCAAGAGCAAGAAUCAGGUCCAGAGACUGGGCACUUCUUGUCGGUUCUGAAAAAUUCACGGAUGCAGUCUGGAGCAUAACCAGUUUUUCGGUGCAAGUAUGGAAUCGGUAUGCUGCUCAGGGUGUAGGUACAUCUGUUGUAGAUUUUUAUAGCUAGACAAGUCUCCCCAGUUUUGGUGCAGACUGGUUGGGGUGUGAUUGAUACCCUUUUGUUUGAUGGUGUUAUUGUUUCUUCGUGCUAACAAUCUGGGGCACUUCAAUCCCAGUUUGCAGCCUACUAGUCUAGUUGCAGAGUGAACCCGCUGCUCACGACUUGCUGUAAAAUCUGGUUAACAUUUUAGAGACGACGACCACCAAGCAGAACCUUGUAAACUCUCAAGCAGUAAAUAUCACUGGAUUUUGAAUGUUCAAAUUUUCCAAGUA